CCGGGGCUCGGACACCACUCCUGCUGGACUCUGGGGAAACACAGAGAGGACCAGCUCACCAGAGCAGCGUGCAGCUCUCCUCCGGACUCCCGUGAGGUUAAUCCAGGCUCGGGGAAUUCCACAGCCAGCCCACGGCGGGACGGCAGGCUUCUGGACAGCGCUGCUGACCACACCACCGUCCGAUGGGCAGAGCGCGGAGCGCAGCCGCUCUGGAGCGUCAUCCCGGACAACUCCCGACAAGUAGAUGAUGCCGUCAACAUGACGCGGGCUCUCCUCAUUCUCGGUCACCUUUUCGCUUUGGUUGUCUGUAGCAAUAGUGCUGACUCGGAGGAGCGUUUAAUGAACUCGCUGCUGGGAAAAGAUCGCUACAACCCACUCAUUCGCCCAGCUGUCAACAGGAGCGAGAGGGUCACCGUGAAGUUGCAGGUGUCCCUAGCCCAGUUAAUUAGUGUGAAUGAAAGAGAGCAGAUCAUGACCACAAAUGUUUGGCUCACUCAGCACUGGGUUGAUUACAGGUUAUCUUGGGACCCUGCAAAGUAUGAAGGCAUUGACAAGCUGCGUAUUCCAUCCAGACACAUUUGGCUCCCGGAUAUAGUCCUAUACAACAAUGCUGAUGGAACCUAUGAGGUAACAGUCUUCACCAAUGCCGUUGUCCUUUUCAAUGGCAGCAUCAACUGGCUCCCUCCGGCCAUCUAUAAAAGUGCUUGCAAGAUUGAGGUCAAACAUUUCCCUUUUGACCAGCAGAAUUGCACACUCAAGUUCCGCUCUUGGACUUAUGACCACACAGAGAUUGACCUUAUCUUGAAGUCUGAGGUGGCUAGUAUGGAUGAUUUCACUCCCAGUGGAGAGUGGGAUAUCUUGGCGCUGCCAGGCCGACGCACCGUCAACCCUUUGGAUCCCACAUAUGUGGACCUCACAUAUGACUUCAUCAUCAAGAGGAAGCCACUUUUUUAUACCAUUAACCUAAUCAUCCCAUGCGUUUUGAUCACAUCUUUGGCCAUUUUGGUCUUCUACUUGCCCUCGGACUGUGGAGAGAAGAUGACCCUUUGUAUUUCUGUGCUUCUGGCUCUCACAGUGUUCCUGCUUUUAAUAUCAAAGAUUGUUCCUCCCACAUCACUGGAUGUGCCACUGAUUGGCAAGUACUUGAUGUUCACCAUGGUGCUGGUGACCUUUUCUAUAAUCACCAGCGUUUGCGUGCUCAACGUCCACCACCGGUCCCCAAGCACCCACACUAUGCCCCCCUGGGUCAAGUUGAUAUUUCUUGUUAAACUGCCUACCUUACUCUUCAUGAGACGCCCUCAAAACUACUCUGCACGUCAGAGAUUGCGCAAACAGAGAUGCUUACGGGCCAAGAGAGGCAUUUUGGGCCGCAAAAAUGUAGCUGCUCCGAUGGGAUAUAGCCAAACCAACAGAAAAGAGGACUUUCGCUCCAUAGAUUGUCUCCAAAGUGGUUUCACUUCCACGCAGGAUCUCCAUCAAAAGAACAACUCAGACUGGGCUGCUGAUGUCCAGGAGGCGGUGAAUGGGGUUCGAUUUGUAGCUGAACACAUGAUGGGAGAUGAUGAUGAUCAGAGUGUGAUAGAGGACUGGAAGUAUGUGGCCAUGGUGGUAGAUCGAAUGUUCCUGUGGAUCUUUGUGAUAGUGUGUGUUGUGGGAACCCUGGGCCUGUUUCUCCAGCCUGUCUUCCAAAGGCAAAUUAUUCCUAACCAGCAGCCCAGCUCUGAUGCCCCACGGAUCUGAUGAGUGUCAAGGGAGACAUCUUGGGUGAUUUCAAGGUGGGCUUUCAUCAGAGCUGUUUGGAUAAGCAGUUAUAAUGGGUUUCGGUUCAGAAGAAGUUUCCUAAUGUACGUUAACAGAUUUUAGGGAUUGGAUCCAGUGACAUGAUGAUAUUUUGGCAAACCCUCCCAACUCGACAAGACAAGACAUGGAUUCAAUCAGAUUUAGACACAACUUUGAGUAUUAGUUUACUAAAAUUUGCGUUAGAAAAUUAAUAAAUAUCAGGAUAAAGCAAUAAUGCAACCUUUUCCGUACAGAAGUGGUACUUACACCUGUAAAGGAGCAUGAUUGAAAAGAGGUCUUGUCAGUAAAGUUAGAGCUACAACAGGCAGCAGCCCAACUGAACUGAAUGUCUCUUGCACUGAGAAAUGCUGAAUUGUGUAGGGGGGAAAAACUGUUGCUUUUGUUGAUGUUGUUUAACUCCUGAUUUGUGUUACCAUGACACUGAAAUGUAAUAAUGUCCUCUCUUAGUCUGAUUAAACGUAUAAAAUGCCUACAAAAGUCUUAAAAUUGUUAGGGUCUUGCCAAAGUGCUUUGUUAAUCUGUUCAGCUUGUGAUAAAAUGUGUUUGCUGUGCCAGUAUGCUGAGUGAAGAUGUGCCAGGUAGAACAUUUUAUCAUAAAGAAGAGACAACCAAUCACUUUGAAUUUGAGAAUGUGUGACCAAGCAAAAAAAAAAAAGCUGAAACUAGUGUUGAUUGUAAUGUGUCUUUUCAUAGAAACUGACAAAAAUAUAUCAAGGUUUAAAAUGGAGAAAAGACAACCAAUUUUGUUUAUUCAAUCUUUAGUUGAUCUUUGAUAAGUGCCCAGAUGAUCACAGGAACACAUAGAUGGAAGCACACAAACUAACAAACAUUUGAGGUUCACAGCUCGAUAAACACUGCUGAGAAGGCUCGUUUCUGCAGAGUUCUGGUACUUCAGGGGGAACUUCCAUUAAAUCAACAGAUAGCAAUUAGUACAUGUGUUGACAGACAGAAUUGCUGUAUUUGAUUCUUUUAUAAAAUCAAUAAAAGUUCUCACUCACCUUAUUAUGAAGACAGGCUAUGCAGCGUUACUGCAGAAAUAAAGUCCAAAUACCUCACAACUGCAAUGAAAACAAAUCUGGUUGUUUAUAUAAAAUUUAUGCUGAUAUUAAUCACGCUCCUAAGUCAGUAGCAGUUCUUUGUCCAACCUUUGACUUCACUUCUCUACUCUACGAAGAAGAAUCUAACAUUUGGCAUAAAGAAGCCCUCUCUAUUUUUCAGUCCAAGUUCAAAUUUCAGUAUUGAUUUAUAAUGAAAGACAGUUUUGUUGUAUGUCUCAAGCAUCUGGCAAGUAAAGGUGUACAAAGAUUCUU